UUUGGUAACGCACUCAUGCCCGAAAAAUAACUGACAUUACAAUAACAUUUAUGACAACAUAUUUAGACCAGAGCCCUUUAGACGUGCCAGUUAGACAGUAGAUAUACACCCGAAUGUCUAAAUAUAUUUUCUCAACACAUUUGUUUCACAGCCCGCGGAGGAUAAUUUGCUUUAAACGUCCCAAGCAGACGCAGAGCGCCGUGUGGAGGCUGCGGUCGGUCAGCUGUCACACCGGUCCUCAGGUUGUUUCACAGCGAAGAGGAGACACUAAAAACCAGGUGACAAAAGAGCGCAAAAAAGAAAAAUCUUCAUGUCAGCCAGUACUGGAGCACUUUGACCAGCAGUACAGUCAGGAACUUGGAGACCUGUGGACAUCUGCAAGAGCCGUGCUGCUGGACCCUCACUCUUGGCAGUAUGGGGUCAUGCUGAACCGCUUCAGCGCUGUGACAGGCAUCACACAGAUUCUCCAAUCUCAGGGCUUUUCCACAUUGCUGCCACAAACAGAUGCCUCCACGCUGCUUUGUAAUGGCCCCUCAACAGUGUCAGAUUCUAAAUACAGAGCAGAAAGAGACUCCCUGUUGCCACCUGACUAUGUCUCCAGCUGCCCACCUAAUGGCUCCCAUCUCCAGCCUGACAGCACCUCUCCUGCGCUCGGUCAGGACCUUCAAUCCGAGCCUUCACUCAGUUUGCCCCGUCCGACAUUACAGUGUUACAUCCAUCCAUAUACACUGCGGUUUCCCUCCCAGCCCCACAGGCCGGGCCAGCUGAAGCAGUACUACCUCCUGAACGCUGCGUCCCUGCUCCCGGUGCUGGCUCUGGGAGUCAGCGAUGGGGAGAAGGUUUUGGAUUUGUGCUCGGCCCCCGGGGGCAAAGCCUUGGCCGUAAUGCAGUGUGCCACCCCAGCUCUGCUCUGCUGUAAUGAACCAGACCCCCACAGACGGGACUGGCUGGCCAAAACCCUGGAGUCUUUUCUGCCUCAGCCACUAAUCAGCAGAGUCAUUGUGUCGGCGCAGGACGGACGCUCUUUUGGGCAAAGUGAAGCGGGAACAUAUGACAAGGUUUUGGUCGAUGCUCCGUGCUCCAACGACAGGAGCUGGCUGUAUUCUGGCAGCAGCCAGCAGGGGGAACAGAGGCUGAAGGAAAGAGCCAGGCUGCCUGCGCUCCAGGCUCAACUGCUUCGGUCUGCGCUGUCAGCUGUGCGACCAGGAGGCGUUGUUGUCUAUUCAACCUGCACUCUGUCCAGCUCUGAGAACUACGCCGUGGUUGAGACGGUGCUGGAUGAGUGUCCAGAGGCUGAACCCGAGGACCUGUGGGAGGAGAUUGCCAUUCCUUUAUCAAAAUACUUUACAUUUAAUCCUGCUCACCCUGGUCAGGGCCAGACACCUUGCAAGCCAUCCCUGCAGCCACAGAAUGGCACUUAUCACCGCAGACUUGGCAUUUUAGUGGUUCCUCAGCUCGGCAAGACCUGGGGACCCAUGUUUUUGUCUCGGAUUAGAAGAAGGAAAUAGUGUAAGCCCCCACUGCAGAGAAGAUAUGUGGAAACGAGUGGCUAAACAUACACACUUCUUUGUGUGACUGUUGUUCCCUGUGGGGCUUUUAAGAUGCAGAGAAACUCAUGAAAGUGGCUUAUUCACUUUUGAUAUAUCAAUGCUUUUCCUGCUGCCACAAAAUGACCAAAACAAACAGCAAUUGCAAGUUAAAUCGUUUUCUUUCAGUUUCUGUGCCACCCUUUUAUUUAUUAUUAUUGUUAUUAUGAUUUAUUGUCUGUGGCAACUGUGGAAACUACUGACACUGCAGAACUACAAUUAGAUGAUAUUGACUAAACAUGUUUUUAAGUGCCUCACAUUAAUAACUGUGUCCACAUUGCACAAUAAAAUUGAUAAUGCUAUAAGGCUGCAAUACUCCA